AUGGCUCAACAGUCAAUAUUACCUCCACAACGGCAGCCACAGCAACAGCUUAUAGGGAAACAGCAAUCACAGAGAUUACUUGCACAGCAGAAUAAUCUUUCAAACUUGCAACAGCAGCAACUAAUAAAUCAGCAAAACAAUCUAUCAAAUAUACACCAACCGUUGGGAAACAAUGUCACUGGGUUACAGCCGCAGCAGGUCCUUGGACCUCAAUCUGCCAAUUCAGGCAUGCAGACAAGCCAGCACUCUGCGCACGCGCUACAGCAAUCGAAGGUUCCAAUUCAGCAGCAAUCACAACAAGAAUCUGUUGAAGAUCACAAACUUCCUAGUGCCAAAAUUAUUCAAUCGGAAAUAAAUAACCCCAGGGAUGGUUCUUUUGAUGGAAACAAGUAUGCAGAAGAAGAGGAUGAUUUUCUUGGUUUUAAUGGUUCCUUUUUCUAUUCUGAUGGUAAUUAUCAGUUGCUUGAAAGGCUCAUUGGUGCUUAUAGAGUUCCAUCUAUGAUCAUAGUUGACCCCUUUUGGCAGCAACAUUAUGUUUACCCCGAAGAGAAAAGUUUCAACUUAGCUUCACUGCAUGGUUUUCUUUCAGAGUUUCUUAGUGGAACUCUGCUUCCGUAUCAGCUGUCAGAAGACGUUCUUCAAGGCCAAAGGGAGGCCAGGCAUCCUCCAUUUGUUAAUUCGGAUUUUCAUGAAGUGGAUUCUAUACCUCGAAUCAUAGCUCAUACUUUCUCUGAACUUGUUAUUGGUUUCAAUCUUUCUAACAAAGAGAACACUUCAAAUGCAUGGAACAAAGAUGUUUUGGUCUUGUUUAGCAAUAGUUGGUGUGCAUUCUGCCAGAGAAUGGAUUUGAUUAUUCGUGAAGUAUAUCGGACCAUUAAGGGCUAUGUCGAUACAUUGAAUGACUGCCAUCUGAUACUGAAGUCUGUCAAUCGGAAGGAGGUUUAUCCUGCACUGGUUCUAUUUCCAGCAGAGAAAAAGGAACCUCUUCUUUAUGGAGGAGAUGUGGCUGUAAUUGAUGUUAUGAGGUUUUUAGCAGAGCAUGGAAGUAACUUUCAUGAUCUUAUCAGAGAUAAAGUUCUGUGGCUGUCUGAAAGAGUUGUCAAGAAUCAAAACUUACGUGGCACUUUGCAAACUGUUGUUCAUGAGGAGUCACUUCAGAUGCGGCCGAAAUACCGUGGAGUCCCAGGUCCUGAUAGAGUACUGAAUCAGGCGGUAGAACCCAACAUGAUAAAUUUACCAGUAUCAUCAAAUGAACGGGUUGAAAUAUUGCCUCACGUGGUGGUCGGUUCUGUGCUAAUUGCCACAGAAAAGCUUUUAGGGGUUCAGCCAUUUGAUGGAUCCAAGAUUCUCAUUGUGGCAGCCAAUCAAAUAGCUGGAUUUCAAGGCUUUAAAACAUUGAAAGAGGCUCCUUUGUCCUUUGGGGGUCCAGUUGUGAAAACCGGAAUGCCGCUAUUAUCCUUAACUAGAAUAGUUUCCGGAAACAAUUUACCCGAAAUCCUACCUGGAGUUUACUUCCUUGAUCACAUAGUGACAAUUAGUAAAAUCGAGGAACUGAAAUCAGCAAAUCAACCAGUUGAUAGUUACUGUUUUUUCUUCGGUAUGUUAGCAGUAGCUUAUCAUCCUUUUUCUACAGCUCAAACCGGCAAUGCACUGGAUGCUACUGAAUGUCUUGCUCAUGAAAAUAUCAACAUCAAGACCCUUGUCAGGUUGGAAGGUGGUAUUCCUCCUCUUGUUGAUUUGUUUGAGUCCACUGAUACAAAGGUACAGAGAGCUGCUGCAGGGGCCCUGAGAACUCUUGCAUUUCAAAAUGUUGAGAAUAAAGACCAGAUUGUUGAAUGUGAUACGUUGCCCACUCUUGUACUAAUGCUUGGAUCAGAGGAUCCUGCAAUGCAUUAUGAGGCAGUUGGUGUGAUUGGAAAUCUUGUCCACUCUUCACCAGAAAUCAAGAGAAAAGAUCCUGGCAUUGAUUGA